AUCUGUGCUAUUUGGCAUGAAAAGUCAAAAAGCAGUGUGUUGGCUCGAUUUAGACAAAUAUUCUUAAUUAUCACGUAAUUACUUAUUAUAAUGAGACCGAAAUAAUACAUUUAGCCAUGAAAUUAGUUAAAAUAUAUUAAACAAGUAUACACGAAUGCACUUAUACAUCCUUAGAUAAAUGUCGAUAGUCGUCAUGAAAGGAGGUUUUCGUUGAGUACUUUUUUUUAUGGAAACCUUAAAUAUGGAGUUAAGGGAGGCUGGAGAUGGAGCCUCGGCGGCGGAUUGUGACACACCGAGGAAAUACAGUUGGGCAGAGGUGCGGCAGGCGGUUCAUGAUUUACGGAAAGAGUUAUCAUCUUUGUCGACAAUGGUACCAAUGGCAAUUUCGUUCAGAAAACUUGCUAACGGAAAAACAAGAAUAUAUUUUUUGAGGACUCCUCAAAACGGGUGGGAGAUAACGCUCCUGUACACGGAUAUCAGUCCUACCCAACAGAUUAGUAAUGCAAGAUUGGAUUGGAAGCCUUUGAUAGAAUCAAACGUUGCGCUCGGCGUGUCAUCAGGCAAGUGGUCGCGAGAGGAACAGUUGUUAUGGGAACGGCAGAGGGUGGCCGGUUGGGGUAUAGCUUCCUACGAACUUCACCAGAAGACUGGGAGGGUGCUGUUUCCGUGUGCAUCGUCGCUAUUUGUAGCUGAGGAAGGACCUAAUCAGUCACCACCCCUAGUCCCGCGGUCACUUAGCACGGGGUGGGGUGCCCCACUGACCCCUGCCAUGUGCCCCUCCAUGCCCUCGCUGGUGGCACACACCGCUCGAGGAGACAUAUGGCUGGCGGGAGAUAAUCUAAAGCGACCGGCGAGACUGACGUACGCUUGUAAAGGAAGGGAUGAGCGGUUAGCAGACGACCCUCGUCAAGCUGGUGUGCCAUGUUACGUCACGCAAGAGGAGUUCUCCAGGUACACCGGUAUUUGGUGGCAGCCGAAGAGAGACGACGACGUGUUCCGGAUAGCUUACGAGGAAGUGGAUGAGAGCGACGUCAAGAUCUUCAGCUUUCCGUCCUCACAGAGCUGCAGUGGAGAGGUUGAGGAGUUCAGAUUUCCUCGCGCCGGCACACCAAACGCCAAAUCUGUCCUGAAAAUGGUGACCUUCAGGCUUCAGAAGGCGACCCCCACCACCGUCUUGGACUACUACCAGGAAGGUCACUCUGAUCACAUAAUACAAGCAUCCGACUCGAACAACUCAAUGGAGGUCACAGAUAUCAGAUGGUACGAACUGAGGCAAUCUCUCAAGGAAACCUUUCCGUGGUUUGAGUACCUGGCCAGGGUCGACUGGACGCCCUGCGGUAAUUAUGUGUGGGUACAACUGCUGGACCGCAAGCAGCAGCGUCUAGAUCUGGCCUUGAUACCUCUCAGCGAGUUCAGUGUCCGUACUGGCUAUGAAAACUCACCAACUGGACCCUCGCCCAUCUCCCACCUGCCCACCGGAGACCAGCAGAUACAAGUCCUCGUAUCGGAGACGGCUCCAGACGCCUGGGUAAACGUCCACGACAUCCUCUACUUCCUGCCGUCUGCGCCCGGAACUAUGAGGUUCAUCUGGGCUUCUGAGGAAACGGGGCACCUGCACUUGUAUCUCGUGACCUGUGCCGUGCCCGCGAAGAGGGCCACUUGUGAGUACUCUGUAAUAGACAUGAUAACAGAGGACGAGUCGAAUGCGCUCGGGCCCAGCGUGGUCAGCAAGCAAGCGAUCACCACCGGGGAAUGGGAGGUCAUGGGCAGGAAGAUUUGGGUGGACGAAGCACGGGGGCUGGUGUACUUUGUGGGGCUCCGCGAGACGCCGCUAGAGCGCCACCUAUAUGUGACGUCAUACGACCCCCCCGCGCCGCAACGGGUCACUCUGCUUACCACUGUAGGCCACUCGCACUCCGUCGAUAUGGAUGAGGAGUGUUCGAUAGCGGUGGUGACGUCGUCCAACAUCAGCACGGCGCCGAGCACGCGCGUGUACCACGUGGCGCACGGGGCGGCCGUCGCGCUGCGGCCCGCCGGCGCGCUGGCCGAGCGCGCGCACGAAUCGUUAGAGACGAGGUCGUUCAACGGGUCGUGGGACAGCAGGGCGGGCGAUGGCGACGAAGGAAACGUAUCGCUACUCGUUAAAGAGCGAAUGUUAUCGGCCGCGCCCGCGCCGCAGAUCCUGAGCACGCGCCUGUCGUGUGGACUGACGGCCUACUGCACGCUGUGGCGCGCCGGGGGGCCCGGGGGGGCCGGCCGCCGCCCCACCGUGCUGCACGUGUACGGCGGGCCAGAGGUGCAGACCGUCACCAACAGCUACCGGGGUAUCCGGCAGCUGCGCAUGCACAUGCUGGCGGCGCGCGGGUUCAACGUGGUGGCGGUGGACUCGCGCGGCUCCAAGCACCGCGGCCGCGCCUGGGAGGCCGCCAUCCGCGGCAAGCUGGGCCAGGUGGAGCUGGACGACCAGGUGGAAGUAUUACAGUGGCUAGCGAAAGAAACUGGCUGCAUUGACAUGGAGAGAGUCGCGAUACAUGGCUGGAGUUACGGCGGGUACCUGGCGCUGCUGGGGCUGGCGACGCGGCCCACCGUGUUCAAGGUGUGCGUGGCGGGCGCGCCCGUGACGUGCUGGCGGCUGUACGACAGCGCCUACACCGAGCGCUACAUGGGCGCGCCGGCGCGCGCGCCGCACGCCUACAGCCGCGCCAGCGUGCUGGCGCACGCGCCCUUCUUCCCUGACACAGAAGGAAGACUACUCAUAAUCCACGGCCUGGCGGACGAGAACGUCCACUUCUGUCACACGGCUGCGCUUCUCUCCGAGCUGAUAAGACUUGGGAAACCGCACAGAGUACAGAUAUAUCCAGGUGAAAGGCACUCGCUACGAGCGAUGCACGCUUCUAAACACUACGAGGCGACCCUACUCCACUUCCUACACGAAAACCUCUAAAGCCACAACACUUGGCAGUUGGCACCACGUUCGGUCGAGCUGCCAAUCGUCAAAAUAUACAAACAGUAUUAUGUGAUAAUGAGUCAACGAAUUAAAAAAGAAUUUAUUCAAGUGCUUUUUUAAUCUGUUAAACUAUUUUGAAAUUAAAAAAAAUGUUCAGUUCAUAGUAAUCAUGGUGUAUGUAAUAUGUAUAAUAUUAUUAUACUAAAUAAUCGCACAAUAUAUAGUCGAAAACCGGAUAAAACUCGAAAUGUAACUUGUUUGAACCGGUUAUAACCGGUUUAAACUAGAUCUAACUGAAUAAUUAUUUUUUGAUAUCUUGUCUGUUUAUUCAUUUGCAUAUGUUCAGCAAUUUAUUUACAAUAGUUGGUCGGUUUAUUAUUGUUUUUAUAGAGAGUUAAGUAUUAAAUACCGUUCUAGAGGUAGCACUGUUCGUGAAAUAUUGAAAUAUUAUUUUUGUAAUAAUAUGACUGAAUUUUUAUACUUACGACAUAAUAUUAAAGAUUUAAUAUUUUAUUAUUUAAUAUUGAUUUUAGAAACUUUAAAAAACACCAAAAGCUCUUUUUUUCAUGUAUUGUUUCAUACGUCACAAGAAUAAAGUUCUAGUAUAGAUAAAAUCCUCUUUUACAAUGAAAGGACGGACAAUUACAUUAGUAUACAUACAUAGUGUGUAAAAUAAUUAAGAUCUCCGAACAAAAUUUCUAAUUCCAGUAAAUACUAAAUAAAUAAAUAUUCUUACUUAACUUA